CUUGGUGUGCCAACAUCAUCAUCAUCAUCAUCUUGCUACAUUCAUUCUCACAACAACAACAAUGGGCAAACCCGCUAGUUCUUCCUCUUCCUCUAUUAGCAGCACUACCAACCGCCGCCUCCUCAUUUCAACCGCAUCUUCUCUCACUCAACAACUUCCUACUGAUCUCAGGCUUGGACUCGGCAUUUCUGCCACUCAACAUGUUGCUUCUUCUAUUUCAAGGGGCCAAUGGCAACAACCACACCAUCCUUUUGUGAACAAUAAUUAUUCACAAGCUGCUGCUUCUGCUGAAGUGAAUGAUUGCAGCAACGAUCAUAGCAGCUUCUUUGUGAAGGUGUACAUGGAAGGGAUUCCAAUCGGAAGAAAGCUCAAUAUACUAGCUCAUGGAGGCUACUAUGAAUUAGUCAGGACUCUUGAACACAUGUUUGACACUACCAUUCUUUGGGGAACAGAGAUGAAUGGGGUGCAACCAGAGAGAUGCCAUGUGCUAACUUAUGAAGAUGAAGAAGGGGAUUUGGUCAUGGUUGGAGAUGUCCCUUGGGAGAUGUUCUUAUCGACGGUAAAGAGGUUGAAGAUCACAAGGGUAGACACAUUCGGGUGUUAGUUAAGUGAGGAACAUGACACUGCCUCUUCCUUCCACCACUGAUUAAUUUCAAGUUUUGUCCUCUAGAGUGAGACUCUACUGUUGUCGCUGAUUAGAAAACUUAGAAAAUCUUAAUUUACUUAGUGAAGUAUGCACAGAUAGAUGUAUAUGCAUAGCUCACUCUGCUCUUCUUUGGAGAUUAAUGGAAAAGAAUAGUGUUGUAUAUUAGUUCUCACCCAUUCUGGGCUACCGGCUUUAUUUUCUUUCCAGAACUCAGAUUCUAACUGUUAGAAUUUCUCUUUGCCGACUCAAUUUCCUCAAUUUUAUUAUUAUGUUGAGAGCAAAUGAAUAUACGAGUCUCUGUUUUCUGCCUGGA